AUGAAACAAGAAGCUGACGAAAUUUCAGCUCCUCUAAUUGAGAAGCCCGGCAAACCUCCCGAAGAAAAUGCCGACGGUCCCUCCUCCUCUUCUUCUUCCGGCAAUCCUCCCGGAAAAGAAGAGAAUUCUCCGGUGGAGCAAGUCGCACUCACGGUUCCGGUCACCGAUGACCCGUCCUUACCCGUGGUUACUUUCCGUAUGUGGGUCCUUGGGACCCUGGCCUGCGUUCUGCUCUCUUUCCUCAACCAAUUCUUCUGGUUCCGGCGGGAGCCGCUGUCCAUCAGCUCAAUCUCCGCCCAGAUCGCCGUCGUCCCUCUCGGCCAUCUAAUGGCUGCUGCUGUUCCCAAGAAAGUGUUCCUCAAGGGGAGCAAGUGGGAGUUCACUUUGAACCCCGGCCCUUUCAACAUCAAAGAACACGUCUUGAUCACCAUAUUCGCCAACUCCGGCGCCGCGAAUCCCUACUCGAUUCACAUCGUCAGCGCCGUCAAGGUGUUUUACAAGAAGACGUUGACUUUCUGGGUGGCAUUGGUGGUUGUUUUGACCACCCAAAUCUUGGGCUUCGGAUGGGCCGGUAUAUUCCGGCGCUACUUGGUGGAGCCUGCUGAAAUGUGGUGGCCUCAGAACCUCGUCCAAGUCUCCUUAUUCAGGGCGCUUGAUGAGAAAGAAAAGAAAAUCAAGGGCAAAUUGACUAGAAAUGAGUUCUUCCUCAUUGCCCUUACUUGCAGCUUUGCUUAUUAUAUCUUUCCUGGAUACCUUUUUCCUCUUCUUACCUCUCUUUCCUGGAUAUGUUGGAUUUUCCCUAAUUCUGUCCUCGCACAGCAGCUAGGUUCAGGGCUUCAUGGUCUUGGACUUGGUGCCGUUGGUCUUGAUUGGUCCAGUAUAUCUUCCUACAUUGGAAGCCCUCUGGCUAGUCCUUGGUUUGCAUCUGCUAAUAUUGCUGUUGGUUAUAUCCUCAUGAUGUAUGUGAUCACCCCCAUUGCAUAUUGGUUUGAUAUGUACAAGGCGAAAACCUUCCCAAUAUUCUCAGAUGGCCUCUUUACAUCAAACGGGCAAAACUACAAUAUCUCGGCUAUAAUAGAUUCCGACUUCCACAUUGAUUUAAAUGCAUAUGAGAAGGAGGGACGCCUUUAUCUCAGCACAUUCUUCGCCAUUACCUAUGCUUUCAGUUUUGCUUGCCUCGCUGCAACUGUGUUUCACGUACUACUUUUCAAUGGAAGGUUAGUUGCUGCAGUCGCCUACACGUUUUGA